AUGGACCCAAUCAGAGCAAUUCGUGUAGCCCUCGAGGACAUGUUGUAUAUGCUGACCUUCUCCAUCAUUAACGGAUUCAUCAUCCUCGGGGUCUUUUAUUUCAUCAUCAACAUCCUUCCUUCCAUCAUCCGCUUUGUCAAACCGAUCAUCUCACCUCCCAUCGCCUGUGUCUCCUCCGCAGUCUCCAAACUCAAACGUCCUCGAUCAUUCACCUUGGCCAUGAUUCCUCUCGGACCGGUGCCUUUCGAUACCUACCAUACCGCCUUUCUUCUCGCCCAACGUAUGCCAAGAGAUUUGGUACCAGGCGUCCUCGACCUGGCAGGCUUCUGGAUUGAUGCUCCCCUGGCCUCAACAACUCGCCCUCUCAAGGUGACAGAAGGGGCUGCAGGCUCAGAAUACGUGGUGGUCGAUCUGCCAGAAACCUUCCCGGCAAAAGGUCUGCGUACGCUGACAUUCACCGUAACCUCGAAAGAUCAAGGCUGGAGCUGGGACAAUCAUUUCCACGGAACUUACUACAACAGCCACACCUGGUUUGAGGUGACAAUUUGGCCUGCAGACUCAGGACACCCCGGGCAAGCAAGAGAACCAAGAAAACCGCUGGCGUCACGAAAGAUCAUUAUCAAUGUCCAUGCAGGCAAGGCGUACAAAACCCAUACUGUGCGUUGGAGUCAUGACGACCGCAACGAGGACAUCAGAAAACUGGUGAGAAGUAUCCAUGGUGGGAUGAGAGUUGCCAUCACCGCAUGGGCCUUGUACCCUGCUUGGGAGAACGAUGUGAGAAGCGCCAGAAUCGAUUGUCAGGUGAACGCAGUGCGGAAGAUGUGAGUACACAUCACCGACGGCAGUACCACUCUGCUCCCGAGCAUGAUGGGUCAGUAUCUUGCU